UAUCAUUAUUAUGAUUAACAAGAAAAACUAAACAACAACAAUUUAUAUUAAUUGUAAUUACAAUCAUAAUCUGUGUCUCUCUCUCUCUCUGUGAGUUGUGUCUCUCUCGCUCUCUCAUCUUCAUCCGGAUAAUCAAUCAACAAUCAAAUCACUUUUAAUUAUCAUCUUCAUUAACAACAUUAACAUUCAAUUGUUUUCCUUUUAAAUUUAUUUAAUCGUAAUUGUUUUAUUAAUUGUUCAUCAUCAUCAUCAUCUUCAUCAUCUUCAUCAUGAUUAUCAUCAAUUUAAUCCUUUCACUUUAAUCAAGGUGGUUUACUAAUCAUGUUUAGUUACAUUUAUAUUGAUUAACUUAAUUGUUUUCUUUUUAUAUUUUUUAAUUUACUCAUCUAAGGAUAAUUUUGUUUAAUUGUGUUCAUUGUGUGUGUGAUCGUGAAGUUAAUUAACAAUCAACAAUAAAUAUAUAUCACCAAUGGACCAACAACAAUAAUCAAAUCAAAAGGAUUAUCAAUAAGAUUGAAAAAUUAAAUUUAAAUUGUUCCCAAUUGCAAUAUAAAAAGGUAAAUUGUUUUUGCUUUUCGUUAAUUGUUAACAAUCAAUAAUCAGUAUUGAAAUGGCAAGUACAACAACUUCACAAGGAGCAACAAAUUUCACUAAUUACUGGCCAACAAUGAUUCCUUCAGAGGACAAUUCAGGUUUUAAUUCACCAAAUGUUAACAGUUCAACGACUAAUCAAAGUUUAACUAAUUGUCAACAAGCGGCCGCAAGUUUUGAUUAUGGUCACAGCGCUUAUUCAACGGGAUCAACUGGUUAUCCUGGUUCAUAUUAUUCAGUUGGUUCGGGUUCACAUCAUCACUAUGGGUCAGUUGGUUCAACCUCGGCUGGGGCCACUUUGUAUCAACAAUUAACUUCAGGUUCGGCUAUGGCUCAAUUAAUUUCAUGGGAUCAACAAACAUCAUCAUCAGCAAUUGAUGAUGAUUGUUUAAACCCAACCAACAACAACACAACCACAACCACAACCACCAACAAUCAGAAUAAUAAUAAUAAUAAUAGUAAAUCAUCAACUAAAUUAACAUCAUCAUCAACAGCAAUUAAGAAAAAUUGUCAUUAUCCUUUAAGUGAAUCAGCUUAUCAUUCACAUUUUGAUUCAAGUUCAUCAUCUAAGGUUGAUUUACUUCAUCAUCAUUCAAAUUCAUCAUCAAAAAAAGGUUCAUUGACAUCGAUGGGAAAUAACAACACAACAGCCCAAGCACCAAGUUAUUAUUAUUAUGUUCCUACAGCCGAAGACAAUUCAGGAUUUGGGGCAAGUGGAUUAUCCAAUUCAUCUGUUAAUCCGAUGGCUAAUUGUUCCCAAGGUGGUCUUGAAUAUGCAUAUAAUCCUUAUAAUCAAGCGAGUCCUUGGUACGCUAAUUAUUACGCUAAUCAAGGUUACGGUUCGAGUUCAGCUUCGUCUUUAUAUCCAUUAGCACACAUCCCACCUUCAUCGACAACAGCAACACCCAUGGGAUCCUUAUUGACCACAUCAGGUUCAUGGGAAGGUUCAAUUGACCAGGACAUCAAAUCAAUAACAACAGCCUCAUCUUCAGCAUCACCAUCAUCUAAACAACAUUUACCUUCAUCAUCAUCAUCAUCAUCAUCAGCAAGCAAUGUUAAUAAUACAAAUAACAAUGAUAAUAAUAACAAUAGUUCUGUUAAUAACUCGACAACAACAUCAACAAUCACUACAACAACAAGUAAUUCAAAUGCAACAUCAAAUUCAAGUAACUCUAAUCAUAUUGAGACUAAUAAUUCAAGCAAUGGGAAUACCAGUAAUGUUGCUAAUGGAAAUGUAAACAAUAGCAACUCAUCAACGAUAAAUACUGUCAAUAGUGGUGGUGGUGGUGGAGGUGCCACGAAUAGUAAUAAUACUAAUUCAUCUUCUAAUAACUGUGUUAAUAGUAAUUCUAAUAGUAACAGUAGUAAUACAACUAAUUCCAAUUCAAUUGGAAAUAGUAGUAAGAAACAUUGUGCUCAUUAUUUGAAUGAAAAUCCAACUACACUUCAUUAUCCUUCACUUCAACAUCUUCCAUUGGAUACUAAUCAGAUGAUUACGACAACACCCAAGCCAACAGUUGAAUUAAUUACAAGUCAAUCUAAUCCAUCAAAAAAAGGUUCAUCUAAGGCUGGUCGUGGACGAGGUCGUCGUCAACCAACUCAAUCUCCAGAUCAACUUCCCAAUCAUUUGGAAAGAGUUUUUAUCUGGGAUUUAGAUGAGACAAUUAUAAUCUACAAUAGCCUUUUAACUGGUUCAUUUGCAAGUAAAGCUGGAAAGGAUACCGAUACGUUAACACAAUUAGGAUUAUUGAUUGAGCAAAUGAUGCUUAGCUUGGCUGAUAUCCAUUUCUUUUUCAAUGAUUUAGAGCAUUGUGAUCAAAUUCAUAUUGACGAUGUUUCCUCCGAUGAUAAUGGUGAAGAUUUAAGUAAAUAUAAUUUCAGCACCGAUGGAUUCAAUGAGGCAACUCGAAGCACUAGCAUGGGAUGUUUACCAUCGGCUGGAACUCGAAGUGGAAUCGAUUGGAUGAGAAAAUUGGCUUUUCGAUAUCGUCGGAUUAAGGAGAUUUACGAUCAAUAUCGUACUAAUGUUUCAGCUCUCCUAGGAAAUAAAGCCGCUGAUUGGAUGCAUGUCCGUAAUCAAAUAGAAAAUCUAACUGACAAUUGGCUGAAUUUUGCGAUUAAAUGUUUAACAAUCAUCAACGAUAGGCCCGAUUGUGUUAACGUUCUUGUAACUGAUACUCAAUUAGUUCCUGCUCUGUGUAAAUUGUUACUCCAUAGAUUAGGUCCAUUCUUUCCCGUUGAUAAUAUCUAUUCAUCGGCUAAGGUCGGUAAAGAAACUUGUCUCAAUAAGAUCAAGGAAAGAUUCGGUAAUUGCUCUUACGUUGUAAUCGGUGAUAGUCAAUAUGAGAAAUCUUCAGCAAAGAAGUCGCUUGGUUUUCCUUACUGGCCAGUUAAUGAUCACGCUGAUCUGGUUAAUCUUCACCAUGCACUUGAACAUUUCGUUUAAUCAACAAUUACCUGUGGCAACAAUUAACUAAUUUGAUUUUCGGAGAAAGCAACAAAAGGUUAAUCUCAAUGGAAGAGUUGAUAAAUUGUUCAUUGAAAAAGUACAAUGUGUUGGGGAAAAAAUGAUUAAAAGUUGUAUUAAAAUUACAACAAUUAAGGAGAAAUUUGUUCCCGUUGAUACUCCAACAAUUAACAAGGUUAACAAUUAACAACCAGGGGAAAAAGGUUAAACCAUUUCAACAAUUUAACACCAACAACAAUCAACCAUAUAAACAACCCAACCAGAUCUUAAAACUUUUAAUUGUAUUGCUAAUUCAAGUUGACAAGAAUUUAAUUUAUUGUCAAAAAAACAAAUUGUAAUCAACAUUAGUUAACUAAUUGUUAGGUUAAUUAUCUCAGACUCUCAUUUUCUCAUGAUUAUCAUCAUAUUAUAUAUUUAUCUUGAUCUAUUUCCUUUUCCUUUUUAAAACUUCAAAUAUUCACCAUGGAAAUGUUAACCCAAUCAACUCAGAACUUUUUUUGUUUUCUCUCAGGAUUCUGGUGGAAAAUAAUAACGAAAAAGAUUCUGGAUAAAAUGAUCAUCAAUUUCAUCUUCACUAAUCAUCAUCUUCAUCUUCAUCUUCAUCACCAAAUUUAAAUCAAGUCUUGACAAUAUAAUAAUUAUAUAAUUGAUCAACACCAAACUGAUUGUAUUAACACAAACAAACAAAAUCUGACAUCGUUUUUUAUUAUCAUCAUUAUUACUAUUAAAAUAAUCAUCACAAUUAAAAGCAAUUA